AAGCUCCAGGACGUUUGAUUUCUCCUCCUAUCACACCCUAGAUGAGAUCUACAGCUGGAUGGACACCCUGGUGGAGGAUCAUCCCACCCUUGUCUCCAAGAUCCAGAUCGGGCAGAGCUACGAGAACAGACCCCUGUACGUGCUGAAGUUCAGCACCGGCGGAUCCGCCCGCCCGGCCAUCUGGCUGGACACCGGCAUCCACUCACGGGAAUGGAUCACCCAAGCCACCGGYGUCUGGACGGCCAACAAGAUUGCCGAGGAAUACGGGCGGGACGCCUCGGUCACGGCCAUUCUGGACAGCAUGGACAUCUUCCUGGAGAUUGUCACCAAUCCUGAUGGCUUCGCCUUCACCCACAGCUCUAACCGCCUGUGGCGCAAGACCAGGUCCAUCAACGCCGGCUCCCGCUGCGUCGGGGUGGAUCCCAACCGCAACUGGGACGCCGGCUUUGGAGGUGCCAGCUCCAGCAGCAACCCYUGCUCCGAGACGUACCACGGUCCCCACCCCCACUCGGAGCGGGAGGUCAGAGCCAUCGUGGAUUUUAUCCGCGGCCACGGCGGCGUCAAAUCCGUCAUCUCCAUCCACAGCUACUCCCAGAUGCUGCUCUUCCCCUACGGGUACAGGAUGGCGCCCAACCCCGACCACCAGGAAAUGAAUGAACUGGCCAAGAAGGCCGUGAGCGACCUGGCCGCUGUAUUUGGGACAAAAUACACCUAYGGCAGCAUUGCCAACACCAUCUACAUGGCAGGAGGCACCACCAUCGACUGGGCCUACGACAAUGGGGUCAAAUAUUCCUUCUCUUUGGAGCUGAGGGAUUCGGGCCGCUAUGGGUUCCUCCUGCCCAGCUCCCAGAUCGUCCCCACCGCCACCGAGACCUGGCCGGCGCUCCUGGACAUCAUGGUGCACGUCCUGGAGCAUCCAUACUGACCCCACGGCAU